UUAUUAGGCGGCGCGGGGCGGCCGGCACAGAGCUCCCUGAGGCGCGGCAGGGUCAGGACCUCGGUGGCAUGGCGGCGGUGGCUGCCCCGAUUUCCUCCAGCUGCCACUCCUUGCUUCGUGUCCCCGGUCCCUAGACGCCUCGUCUCCUCCCGUGUCCCUCUUCCCAUGGAGUCAGUACGGAUCGAACAGAUGCUGAGCUUGCCCGCCGAGGUCAGCAGCGACAACUUGGAGUCGGCGGAGCGAGGGGCAUCAGCGGCCCAAGUAGACAUGGGCCCCCACCCAAACGUGGCUGCAGAGGGCCCCGCACCUCUACCGACGCGGGAGCCAGAGCAAGAGCAGUCUCCGGGGACCUCAACGCCGGAGAGCAAAGUCCUGCUCACGCAGGCAGACGCCUUGGCGUCUCGGGGGCGAAUCCGUGAAGCCCUCGAGGUGUAUAGACAGCUCUCCGAGCGGCAGCAGCUGGUGGCUGAGCAGCUGGAGCAGCUGGUGCGCUGCCUGGCGGAGAAAGUCCCGCAAGGCGAGGCGCUGGCGCCGGCGCCCCCGGACGAGGGUAGCACUGCAAGCGGCACCGUGGCGGCGGAAGAGACGGGGGCCGCCGCGGCUGCGGCGGCCACCGAGGUGUGGGACGGCUUUAAGUGCCGGAAAUGUCAUGGGUUUCUAUCAGACCCCGUGUCCUUGUCGUGUGGCCACACCUUUUGUAAACUGUGCCUGGAACGUGGGCGGGCCGCCGACCGGCGCUGUGCGCUGUGCGGGGUCAAGCUCUCCGCCUUGAUGGUGGCCACUGGGCGGGCGCGUGGAGCCCGGCGGGCUGGGCAGCAGCCGCCGCCGCCGCUGCGAGUCAACGUGGUGCUCAGCGGCCUCCUCGGCAAGUUGUUUCCAGGCCCAGCGCGAGCGUCGCAACUCCGGCACGAGGGCAACCGACUGUACCGCGAGCGCCAGGUGGAGGCGGCACUGCUCAAGUACAACGAGGCAGUUAAGUUGGCUCCAAAUGACCACUUGCUUUAUAGCAAUCGGUCUCAGAUUUAUUUCACCUUGGAGUCUCAUGAGAAUGCACUGCAUGAUGCAGAAAUAGCAUGUAAGCUCCGCCCGAUGGGUUUUAAGGCACAUUUCAGAAAAGCCCAAGCCUUAGCCACCCUAGGCAAGGUGGAGGAGGCACUAAGGGAGUUUCUCUACUGUGUAUCCCUUGAUGGAAAGAACAAGAGAGCAAGAUGUGAAGCCCAAAGACUUCUCCUUAGUUUCUUUUCACCAUCAGUCCCGGGGGAUUCUCAGGAACAUUCUCCCGAUAUCCUGAAGCUGUUGGCACCUCACCCUAGAUUAAAGGAAAACGUAGAGUCAAUGACUACUGAAGUUACCAGCCAUAAUCUACCAAGGUUGUUACAGGACAAUCUGGAGCUCCCACAUUGUUCUAGUCAGGAGGAAGCAGCAGCCAGGGGAGAUGGCAGCAGUCUGAUGGACCCAGCUAAAGUGAAGGGGGAUGGUCAGCAGCACCACAUGAAAGACCAGGAAGAAGAGGAGGAGAAGUGGGAUGCUACCUCUCCAAAAGCUACUUCCAGCAAGACUGGAAAAUGCCAGGAAAAGAAAAGGAAACAUUGCCAGAUUGAAUCCCAAGAAGAAACGGGGAUGCCUAAUAAAGCCUCCAAGCAAGAUCCUCCCACUGAUCAGGAGGACAAACCUGCUCUCAGUUUACCACUUGCAUCUUUCGACGCAUCUGACCUUGAAUGCGCUCUAUGUAUGAGAUUAUUCUAUGAGCCAGUCACAACACCUUGCGGGCAUACUUUUUGCUUAAAAUGCCUAGAAAGAUGCCUAGAUCACAACGCAAAGUGUCCAUUGUGCAAAGACGGUCUUUCACAGUGCUUGGCAUCAAGAAAAUACAGCAAAAAUGUAAUAAUGGAGGAGCUCAUAGCUAAAUUCCUUCCAGAAGAACUGAAGGAACGAAGGAAGCUUUAUGAAGAGGAAAUGGAAGAACUUUCUAACCUUAAUAAGAAUGUGCCUAUUUUCGUGUGUACUAUUGCCUAUCCCACCGUUCCUUGUCCCCUGCACAUCUUUGAGCCUUGUUACCGCCUGAUGAUUCGUAGAUGCAUUGAGACAGGCACGAGACAGUUUGGCAUGUGCCUUGGAGAUCCUGUCAAAGGGUUUGCAGAAUAUGGCUGCAUCCUAGAGAUCAGAAAUGUUCGAUUCUUUGCUGAUGGCCGCUCAGUGGUUGACAGCAUAGGCAAGAGGCGCUUCAGGGUGCUCCAUCAGAGCCAGCGGGAUGGCUACAACACAGCCGACAUUGAAUACAUUGAAGACCAAAAGGUUCAGGGAGAGGAUUGUGCUGAGCUCAUGGGAUUACAUAACUGUGUCUAUCAGCAAGCGUCAUUGUGGUUUCAUUCGCUCAAAUUAUCCCUAAAGAAUCGGAUACUCAAUCACUUUGGUCCCAUGCCGGAGAAAGACGCCGAUCCUCAGAUGAACCCGAAUGGCCCAGCCUGGUGCUGGUGGAUGUUAGCAGUUCUUCCCUUGGAAAGCCGAGCUCAGCUCCCCUUCCUAGCAAUGAGGUCCUUAAAGGACAGACUGAAUGGUAUUCGACGAGUCCUGGCCUUCAUAUCCCGAAACUAAAACUAGUGAGUGGAUUGCCGAAGAGGAGCUCCCACCUUCCCCACUGCCGUCGGGGGGAGUCUUCUUGUAAAUAUAUCUAAUUGCAAUAAUAUCUUAACAGAAGGGGGUGUCAAACAGAGGCAUCAGCCUGCUGUUGAUCACAGAGAGAAAUUGAGUAGAAAGACCAAAAGAAUGUGACCUAUUUGAAACUUUCUGUCUUAAGAUGCUUCUUGACAUGCUGCAUAACUACAUAAACAGCAGAGGUGUUUAAGAGCCCAGAAAAACAUAAUUUGAUUUUAACAUUAAAAUUUCCAAAAGUUUAAAAUGGUUUUGCUUUAAUAUUCUUUCUUUCAUAGAUCAAUGACUGUGUGGUUGAAAUGUGAAAACAAAGAUACUAAUAAUGUUGCUGUAUAAUUUCACUGACUUGAGGUCUCAUUCCAAAUGGUUCAGGAUAAAUAGAGCAUUGUGUAAAAUAAUGUUCAUACUUCUGUUUUAAUAAUUUAUUUUUUGCACUACUGUAUCCUUUUUUCUACAUGUAUGUUUGUAACUAUUUAAGCGUACAUUGCUGAAAAGUCCAUUGCUUUAUUUAUUGAUGUGGUUUACCAUGUACCUAGGGGGAAAUAACAAUACUAGAAGUGUGCAGUUUUUGCUUUUAUCUUUUUUUUACUACAAUGACACUAGUUCUUAGACCAUUUCUGUAUCUAUCCAAAUGGAUGCUUAAAAGAAGUUCAGAAUGAUGCUAAGAUCAUCUGUCUUCAGAGUCCACUUUUUUUUUUUCAGUUUGAACUAAACAAUAUAAAAUACUUAAGGGAUUUGGCCUAGAUUAUGGUAUAUGCCAAGGUAAAGUAAAAUAAUUCAUUUUCUGUGUGUAAUACAGAACAAAGCUGAAAGAAUUAUUUUUAUUAUAGGCAUUUACUUCAGCAAUCUAAUUGUACGUGUAUCUAAUUUUUCCCCAGUGCAGUUAGGAAUCGGAUUUUAGGCAGGAUCAUAAUUAACUCUUCAGAGGAAAUGGUGUUCAGUUUAGCACAUCACAGUCAUGCCCAACUAGCCUCCAUAACCCACCUCUCCCCGGGGUUCUGAGGAUCAAGACCUGGACAGAAACACUUGAUAAGGACUUUUUAUUAUUAAAAAUGUAAAUAAGACAAAUAGAGUAGAACCCUAUAGAAAUCUUUUUAAAGGAACCAGAUGGCCGGGCACGGUGGCUCAUGCCUGUAAUCCCAGCACUUUGGGAGGCCGAGGCAGGCGGAUCACUUGAGGUCAGGAGUUCGAGAGCAGCCUAACUAACAUGAUGAAACCCUGUCUCUACUAAAAAUGGAUACAAAAUUAGCCAGGCUUGGUGGUGUAUGCCUGUAAUCCCAGCUACUUGGGAGGCUGAGGCAGGAGAAUCACAUGAACCUGGGAGAUGGAGGUUGCAGUGAGCCGAGAUUGCACCACUGCACUCCAGCCUGGACAACGAGCAAACCUGCGUCUC